AUGCUGCAGAUAGCUCGACUAUGGCUUCCAACCCUACUCCUUUCGCUCAUCUAUGUUUCUCUCUCUCAGCCUGCCCAGAAAGAUCUCGCUUUGCUCGCCCACGCCCCUCUGUUUGACUCAGAGAACAUACUUCUUCUAACAGCACAUCCUGACGACGAGUGCAUGUUCUUUGCACCCACACUUUUAGCGCUUCUUGACGACACUGGGAUGUACAACCGUCCCAAGAUCCACUCAUUAUGCCUGUCUGUCGGCAACGCGGAUGGUCUUGGAGACGUGCGCAGGCUUGAGCUUGAGCGGAGCCUGGAUGUCCUCGGGAUCGAGGACGGACGGAGAUGGGUUGUUGACAGACCAGACCUCCAAGACAACUUUACAACCGAAUGGGAUCCCCAGACGAUAGCCAGCGUGCUCCGACCAUACGUUCUCGAGAAUCGUAUAUCCACCAUCCUCACCUUCGACCACCAAGGCAUCUCCUCACACCCGAACCACAUCUCCCUCCCCAAAGGCGCCGCGCAUCUCCUCAGUACCCUCCCCUCCAACUCACGCCCGCGCCUCUUCUCGCUCAUCACCGUUCCCCUGCAUUCCAAAUACCUCGGACCCACCGCUCCCAUCGCCGCCAAACUCGCGCUCAUGCUCUCCGGCGCGGGCGGGGCGCCGGUCGCGGUGUCGGGCUGGGAUGGGUACAUGCGCGCGCUGCAGGCGAUGAUGCAGCACCGCUCGCAACUGGUCUGGUUCCGCUGGCUGUACGUCUCGUUCUCGCGGUACAUGUGGGUGAACGAGUGGGCGGAGGUGCCGGUCGGGGACGCGCGCGCGAGUGUAUAG